UAUUUACAGCUAGUGAAAAUGGCCGCUACAGAUGCUGCCGAGAUUUCACAGAGACAAACAAAAACUACUUUCACACUCGACUAAAUGAAACGGAUGCAACGCGAACGCUGUGAGGGAAUAUUGUAUAACGCAAAACGGAGUUCAUUUCGUUCCGUGCCGUCCCUGAAGUGUUGUUUAACAGUGUAAGCGCUAAUUUUAGCUCAAGCUAACAGUCGCGAGCGCGCGCCUGUGUGUGUUUGGGCUCGAGCAGAACCGGAGAGUCCAAUGGCUGACCCGAGAAAAGUCCCGUUCGUCACGCUCGCCUCAUUCAGCACCACACCGGCGGCACCCGAGUCAAAGAAGCGCCGACGGGAGGACGAAGAGAAUCAACCGAGUGCCGGUGUGACCGGCGGGGGGCUGUUCGGUACCGGGAAACCGGCAUCGGAUCACGGCGAACCCGAACCCACCGUCCGCCUCAACCUGAGCCUGUCAGAACCGAGCGAACAGCGAUCAGCCGAGUUCCACUACAGCGAGCUGGUCCAGUCCAACCUGCAGGUGAGGAAGGUUCCUCAGGGUCUCACUUCAGCUCUGGACCCCAGCGACCCGUUUGCAGAUGAAGACAAAGAGCGGCAAGAAGUCGAGGCUCUGGCCAGGAAAUUUGAGAGCAAAUAUGGAAGCACUGUUAAGAAGAAGAGACGAGACCGGAUGCAGGAUCUCAUCGAUAUCGGUUACGGCUACGAUGAUACGGAUCCGUUUAUCGACAACUCUGAGGCCGUGAGUAUGAGAGGGAGCUUCAUUGAUCCUCACGGACAAAUUCACUGCUGACUGCCUCCCGAAAUGCUCUCAAUCACUGGGUUGUGCCGAUAGACGAUAGUAUCAUGUAUCGACGAUAGCAGAUGUUUAAAACCCCAAAUAGUUAUGAAUUAGCCUAUGACAAGUACAGAGAGUCUCUCUCUUGCCCCCACACACCCAUGCACGAUAAUAUCAUGCAUUGGCGAUCUCACAGGCUGGCGAUAUGGAAAAUUACCA